GGACCGCCAGGGGACCGCGCUCGCUGUCGGCUCGACGCCGCCAUGAGCGCCGCGCUCUUCAGCCUAGACGGCCCAGCGCGCGGCGCGCCCUGGUCUGCGGAGCCCGCCGCCUUCUACGAGCCUGGCCGCGCAGGGAAGCCUGGUCGCGGAACUGAGCCGGCCGCUCCCGCCAUGUACGACGACGAGAGCGCCAUCGACUUCAGCGCCUACAUAGACUCCAUGGCCGCCGUGCCCACCCUGGAGUUGUGUCACGACGAGCUCUUCGCUGACCUCUUCAACAGCAACCAUAAGGCUGGCGCCCUGGAGCUGCUGCCCGGGGCCCCCGCGCGCCCUGCGGGCCCCGGCCCCGCACCGCGACCGCUCAAGCGCGAGCCGGACUGGGGCGACGGCGACGCGCCCGGCUCGCUGCUGCCCGCGCAGGUGGCCGCGUGCGCACAGACGGUGGUGAGCCUGGCGGCCGCCGCGCAACCCACGCCUCCCGCGUCGCCCGAGCCGCCGCGCCGCAGCCCCGCGCCCCCAGCGCCAGGGCCCGCACGCGACAAAGCAGCGGGCAAGCGGGGCCCGGACCGCGGCAGCCCAGAGUACCGGCAGCGGCGCGAACGCAACAACAUCGCGGUGCGCAAGAGCCGUGACAAGGCCAAACGGCGCAACCAAGAGAUGCAGCAGAAGCUGGUGGAGCUUUCAGCCGAAAACGAGAAGUUGCAACAGCGCGUGGAGCAGCUCACACGGGACCUAGCCGGCCUGCGGCGAUUCUUCAAGCAGCUACCCGGCGCACCCUUCCUGCCCGGCGCGGGGGCGGCGGACGCGCGGUGACGCGGGGGGCGCGCGGACUGCGGCCGCAGUGCCUGGAGUCGCCGGGCCGGUCUGGGACUUGGACAGCUGUCGCGUGGACCCUAAGUUACUGUGACGGCAGCUUCUCUACAUCCUACCCCUAGGAUGCAGCUAAGGUACAUUCGUAAGAGACUUUUCGAGACUAGCCUUUGUACUGUAGAUACGAAAAAAAGACUGAGCAUGCUCACUUUUUUAUAUUGAUUUUUACAGUAUUUGUAAAAAUAAAGAUGCGUUAGACCCACCUUGAUUCCUGCGCUCAAGGCCCUCCGGACCCGCCGCGGAGGGCGCGUCUGGCCGGCUUGCGCCCUGGGGCCGGGUUCCUGGAAGACCAUGGCUUUGCUUCUCAAACAGGCCGAACUACACCUGCGGACGUGCGGGUUAAUUUGAGGAGACCCGCUCAGGUGGAAGGCGCCCCGGGAUCGUGUCAAAAACUUGCUGGAGCGCGCCCCACCUCGAGUGGGGGCUCCAGGGGCGGGGAGAAAGAGGGCUGAGGUUAUCCGAAAACUGGUCUGAUUCACCUUGACUGUAAUGGGAUUUGCUUUCCCUUUGCUCAGUCUUGUAGACAGCUUUAAGUAGACUUCCAAGGUGUGUCAAGUACAGAAGUCACGUAGGAGAUGAAAAGAAACAGUCACAAAGCUACUUAAAACCAGCUACCUUGCCAGUACUUGUAAUGUUUCAACGCUUAAUAUGGACGAAUAAAUAAAGCCUUUCCCCCAAGAGUGUGGGUACUAGGCACCCUUU